AUGCAAAGUAAUUUCAUUAUUAAGAUGGAUAGAUUAUAAAUUAAUAGCUAAAUUGGGAGAUGGUACAUUUUCAGAAGUUGUAAAGGCUUAAUCUAUAGCAUCAAAUGAGUUAGUUGCUAUUAAAUGUAUGAAAAAAGUUUUGUAAACAAUUGAUGAAGUAUAUAAUUAUUACUAAUUUAGGUUAAUGAAUUUAGGGAAAUUCCAAUAUUAAGAAAGUUACAAAAUCAUGACCAUAUAAUAAAUUUAUUUGAUGUUUUAUAGUAAUUAUUAAUCAUUUAAAUAGUGAUGAAAAUACAUGGAGAUUAUCUUUAGUAUUUGAAUUAAUGGAACAAAAUCUUUAUGAACUUAUUAAGGGUAUUAAUCAUAUUUAGUUAAUUAAAUAGAUCGAAAAAUACUAUUAGAAUAAGAUAAAAUUAAAAGUUAUAUGUAUCAAUUAUUAAAAGCAAUAGAUUUCAUACAUAAAAAUAAUUUAUUUCAUCGUUGCAUUAUGCCGUAAUAACUAUUUUUAAUAUUUAGUGAAAAUAUUUUACUUUAAGGUGAUCAUCUAAAAUUAGCUGGCAUGGGAUCUUGUAAAAGCAUUUAUUUUUAACAACCAUAAACAGAAUACAUAGCUGCAAGAUGGUAUAGAGCACCUGAAGUUCUAUUGACAGAUGGUUAUUAUGAUAGUAAAAUGGAUAUUUGGGGAGCAGGUUGUGUACUAUUUGAAAUUACUGCAUUAUAUCCUUUGUUUUCUGGAAACCAUGAAUUUGAUUAAAUUAAUAAGAUUCAUAAUAUUUUAGGAACACCAAAUCCUAAAGUACUAGAUCGUUUUAGAAAGCAUGCAUCACAUAUGGAAAUUAAUUUCCCUCCUAAAGUUGGAACAGGUUUUGAACAUCUUAUUCCAUAUGCUCCCAAAGAUUUAGUUGAUCUAAUUAAACAAAUGUUAAUUUAUGAUCCAGAAGAGAGAAUUGAUGCAACAUAAGCACUUAGACAUCCAUAUUUUAAAGAAUUAAGAGAUUAAGAAUAAUAUAAAUUAUUGGGAAUAAGUCUAUAAUCAAUCAAAUUGCAAGAGAAACUGUAAAUAUGAAAUAUAAUUCAAAAGAGAUGAAGAAGAAUAAAAUAACUGUCGCACAUUACGUAAAUAGAUUCUAUUCAAAAAAAACAACUAAAAUUUGCAAAACUCUAUUAAAACUAAAAAAUAAUAACUCUAAGAUACAGUUAAAUUACCUCCACUUACAAAAUAAUAAGCUUAUGGGCCUAUUUAUUUUCAAAGUAUUAUUUAUUGAAUUAAUUAGAUAAAGAAACAAAAAAACAAUCUGCAUAACAUGAAUAUAUUUUAUAAGGUAAAAAAGCAAACUUAGGUAAUUAAAAAAAAAAUAUCAGACAAAAAUGA